CUGAGUGUGUGUGUGUUUGUGUGUGUGUCUGAGUGUGUGUGUGUUUGUUUGUGUGUCGCAGGUUCAGGUGUGUGUGUGUGUGUCUGAGUGUGUGUGUGUUUGUGUGUGUGUCUGAAUGUGUGUGUCUGUGUGUGCCUGUGUGUGUCGCGUUCAGGUGUGUGUGUGUGUGUCUCUGUGUGUGUAAACAUGUCUCACUGUUGGCUCUGUGAAUAAUUCACUGAUAUCACGCUGCUCCUUCACCUGUAUCUGAGCUCCGCCCUCUACCUUAUACCUGAGCCCCAGUCUUGCACACACAGCACACCUCAGGAUGGCGAACGCAGCAGCUCAUCUUGCGAGGAGGAAGGCCCGGGUGGAGGACGGCGCCGGCAGCCGGGCCAACGCGGUCCUCUUUAACCAGCAGGACUUUGAGCAGCUGCGAUCCGAGUGCUCGCAGACCGGCUCGCUGUUUUGUGACCCCGCCUUCCCGGCAGACUGGGACUCUCUGGGAUACAAGCAGCUGGGGCGCUACUCAUCCAAAACCAGUGGCGUGGAGUGGAAACGGCCGUGGGAGCUGUGUUCUGAUCCUCGCUUCGUCGCUGAUGGAGCCAGAAGAACAGACGUCUGUCAGGGAGAGCUGGGUGACUGCUGGCUCCUGGCGGCCAUUGCCUCCCUGACUCUGGACCCUCAGAUCCUGAACAGAGUGGUCCCUCCUGGGCAGAGCUUCACCUCACAGUAUGCCGGCAUCUUCCACUUCCAGUUAUGGCAGUACGGGGAGUGGGUGGACGUAGUCGUGGACGACCGGCUGCCCACCAGAGACGGGAAGCUGCUGUUCGUCCACUCAGCGGAGGGAGUGGAGUUCUGGAGUGCUCUGCUGGAGAAAGCCUACGCUAAGGUGAGCAGCUCUUACGAGGCCCUGAACGGCGGCUCGAGCGUCGAGGGCUUUGAGGAUUUUACCGGCGGCAUCGCAGAGAGUUAUGACCUGAAGGAAGCCCCGCCCUUCCUGUUCCACAUCAUCAGGAAAGCCCUGAAGCUUGGAUCGCUGCUCGGCUGCUCCAUCGACAUUUCCAGCUCGCAUGAGACGGAGCUCAUCACGAGUCAGAAGCUGGUCAAAGGCCACGCCUACUCCAUCACAGCGGCCGAGCAGGUGCAUCACUGUGGUUCUCCGGUUGAGCUGAUCCGGAUCAGGAACCCCUGGGGUCAGGUGGAGUGGACGGGCGCCUGGAGCGACAGCUCGAAGGAGUGGGACGGCGUUCGGGCAGAGGAGAAGAGGCGGCUGGAUCGCUGCGCCGAGGACGGCGAGUUCUGGAUAUCCUACCACGACUUCCUGAGUCACUUCUCCCGCCUCGACAUCUGUAACCUGACACCUGACACGCUGACCAGCAACGAGGUCGGCCGCUGGAACUUUGCCGAGUUUGAGGGCACGUGGAGGGUGGGAUCCACCGCCGGCGGUUGCAGGAACUACCCCGCCACCUUCUGCUCCAACCCGCAGUUCUUCAUCCGGCUGGACGACAUGGACGACGAUCCUCACGAUGGCGAGGAAGGCUGCACCGUCCUCAUCGGUCUGAUGCAGAAAGACGCUCGAAGGGAGAGGUGCUUCGGACGCGACCUCAACGCCAUCGGCUUCGCCAUCUACAAGGUGCCCGAUCAGUAUAAAGGUCGCACUAACAUCCGCCUGGGCCCGGACGUCCUCCUGAGAGACCAGUCAGUGGCUCGCAGUCACGCCUUCAUCAACCUGAGGGAGGUGUGCGAUCGCUUCAAAUUGCCACCCGGAGAGUACGCCAUCGUCCCGUCCACCUUCGAACCGCACCGCAAAGGAAGUUUCGUCCUGAGGGUGUUCACGGAGAAGGAGGCCCACACCAGCCCCAUGGAGGAGGACGCCGGCGCCGAACUCCAGGAGCCCGACAUCAGACACGAGGACGUGGACCCUCACCUCAAACACCUCUUCAUGCAGAUCUGUGGAAACGAAUCGGAGAUCUCCGCCUUUGAGCUCCAGCAGAUUUUGGACAAAGCGGUGACUCAGAGGUCGGACAUUAAAACCGACGGCUUCAGCCUGCAAACCUGCCGUGACAUCAUCAGCCUGCUGGAUACUGACGGCAGCUCCAGACUGGGCCUGCUGGAGUUCCACAGCCUGUGGGUGAAGAUGCAGACGUACCUGGAGAUCUUUAAGAGUCACGACUCGGACGGGUCUGGCACGAUGAGCAGCCACGAGAUGAGAGCGGCUCUGGCUGAAGCCGGGUUCCAGCUGAACAGCACAGUGAUCCAAGAGAUCGUCGCUCGCUACGCCGACAGAAGCUACGCCAUCGACUUCGACCGUUUCAUCGGCUGCUUGAUCCGUCUGGAGAUGCUCUUCAGGAUGUUCAGGACUCUGGAUAAGCAGCAGCGGGGCUGGAUCCAGCUGGACCUGCAGCAGUGGCUGUGCCUCGCCAUCAACUGACAGCUGCCGCUCCAGGAGCAUGCUGGGAGUCUGCAGGGAGCUCCUCGACCUUAGUCUCUAAAUUGUUCUGGGUGGGGGUGUAGGUGGUGUGAGGGCGAGGUGAUGAAAACGGUCUUUCUUAGACACAACUAACCGAUCAUAGAAAAAUGAUUUAGGCAGCACUGUCUUUGGUAAGCUGAAGGCAUCGUAUCCAAAGCAGCGUUAGCAUCAUGCAGUAGCUGAACAGUUUAACGCGCACGUUUGUGUUGGAGGAGAAUGUCGGCAGAAAGUCUAGAGGCUCCAGCGAGCGGACACGUUCACUGUGAAUGAUUUUGUUUCCUUGCAAGUAAAAUAAACACGUUGGAUUGGCUGCUGUGUCUCAGUUAUAACAGAUACCAUGGUCACCGUGCAAAGGACAGGAAGCCGAUGCUGUGGUUGCUGACUC